AUGCUUUCUGAAGCGGCUGCAUCAUCGUCAGUGUGGGUUGCUGCUGUUGCUGUUGAUAAGUGGGUUGCUGCUGUUGCUGUUGAUAAGUGGGUUGCUGCUGUUGCUGUUGAUAAGUGGGUUGCUGCUGUUGCUGUUGAUAAGUGGGUUGCUGCUGUUGCUGUUGAUAAGUGGGUUGCUGCUGUUGCUGUUGAUAAGUGGGUUGCUGCUGUUGCUGUUGAUAAGUGGGUUGCUGCUGUUGCUGUUGAUAAGUGGGUUGUUGCUGUUGCUGUUGAUAAGAGCGAGGGCGGGAGUGGCGGAGGAUUUGCUUUGCCAGUCGCCGAAGGAGGGGAGGGCCACGCUAGAGACGGAUGCCUGAGAGCGGCGGAGGGGGAAAGCGGAAGGGGGGAGGGGGAAAGCGGAAAGGGGGAGGGGGAAAGCGGAAAGGGGGAGGGGGAAAGCGGAAAGCGGGAGGGGGAAAGCGGAAAGGAGGAGGGGGAAAGGGGAGUGGGGAGGGGGAAGGGGGAGGGAAGGGGGAAGAGAGGCGAGUCGGAACAAGGGGAGGGGAAAGGGAGGAACGGGGGGUGA